AUGGCAUUGAAGAACUUGCAGUUAUUUCAACCGCGAACACAAGACAUGUAUCAACGGCAAGCGACGCCCAUGCGUGCACCACCGACCGCGCUCAGUAGGAGCAUAUCCAAGUCUGCAGAAACCCUGGUUGCUGCUACCAGAGCUGGUAAAGAAGUAAGGGCCCGAAAAGCCCGAAGCACGGAGCAACCUGGAGUUGGCCUGAUAAAAGCCUCCGGUUUAUCAGGACUACCCAGUAUUGGCAAAGGAUGGGGUAGAGAUGACGACAGCUUGCACUCUCGAUCCAGGAACGGCAGUGGAAGCAGCAGAGCAGGAAGCCUAGACAGAAGUACACGAGGAUCUAGUACCACUCUCAAUUCGGAUGAAGACAACAUCAACGUGGUUGUCAGAAUUCGUCCGCUGAACGAAAAGGAGCGUUCGUGUGGUGACCGCGAGAUUCUGGAGUUUCCUGGCAAGGGUCAGGUGAUCUGCGACACCGGCACGCCUGGUCAAAAACCUAAGGUCUUCUCAUACAACGUUGUCUUCGAGCCAGCGGCCACGCAGGAGGACGUUCUAGAAUUUUCUGGAGUAAAGAGGCUUCUAGAAAUGGCAAUAGAGGGCUUCUCAUGCACUGCAUUCUGCUACGGGCAGACUGGGAGCGGGAAGACUCACACUCUUACAGGACCACCGGGAUUGGUGGAAAGUGGAGCGAGUCCAUAUGCCCCAAACCACGGGCUGGUGGUGCGCUCUUUCGUGUACCUGUUCCAGCUGAUAAAGGAGAGGCCGGAAUGUCAUUUCAUAUUGAAGGCGUCAUUUUUAGAAAUAUACAAUGAGAAGGUGAUCGAUCUUCUCAACCCAGGCACAGCUAGGAAGCCUCUCCAAGUGCGUUGGUCUAAAGAGAGUAGAAGUUUUUAUGUUGAAAAUCUUUUUAUGGUAGACUGCGAAGAAUUGGACGAUCUUUUUGCUGUAUUAGAAGAAGGAAUGCGCAAUAGGUCAGUAGGGUCCCAUGCCAUGAACACAAACUCUUCCCGCUCGCACACCGUCCUCUGCAUCAGAGUGCGGCGGGACCUACGCGCCACCACAGACAUCUCGUGCUCCACUCACGGCAAAAUCAAUUUUGUGGACCUGGCAGGCAGCGAAAUGACCAAGAAGACGCAGAGCAGCGGCAAGACAUUAGAAGAGGCGAAUAAUAUUAAUAGAAGUCUUAUGGUGCUAGGAUACUGCAUAGCGCAACUAAGUGACGGCAAGAAGAGAGGCCACAUACCAUACAGAGACAGCAAGCUCACCAAACUGUUGGCGGACAGUCUCGCUGGUAACGGGGUCACUUUGAUGAUUGCCUGUAUAGCACCCACGAGAUCAAAUGUUAGCGAAACUAUUAACACACUGCGAUACGCCGCGCGGGCGAAAAAGAUUAAAUCAAAACCUAUUGUGAAAAUGGAUGCAAGAGAUGCUCUUAUAAUGAGUCUGAAAAGAGAAGUUGAAGCAUUGCAGGCGGAGAAUCAACACCUAAGGACGGCGUUACAUGUACAAACUGAUUACAACAUUGAUUACAAUCAACGAAAUCGCACUCCAACCCGCAUUGAACCCAACAAAUUGUAUCAACUGCCACAAUCGGAGUUGGUCGACCUGGUACAACUACAUAUGGAAGAGAACUCCGCGCUGAGAACGGAAAACUCUGAAUUAUUCGGUGUUAGGGACCAACUACUGAAAGACCAGGAGUUAUUAAGUCGAGAGAACGAGAGGCUGCUGAAGAAAUUAGAAGAUGUCAAUUCUGUUUGUAUUAGAUCACCAAUAAUUCCCGCUCGGCCGGCAUACUCCGAGGCCAGUUCUAGCGAGGCCAACAUUUGGACCAAUCCUGCCGCGUCGACGGCCAGCAGCAACGCCAGUAGGGACAGCUAG